AUGUCCCAGUACAAAUGCACAGAGGACCAACUUCGAAAACUACGUCUUUUCUUCAAGAUAAAUCCCUCGCCAGCACCAGCAAAGAGAGAGGCUCUCGCUGAAGAACUGCAGCUGACUUUUAAAUAUGUCGAUUACUGGUUCAGACGGGAGAGAAAAAAGCACAGACGGAGAAACAUUGAUGCCCGCACUUGGAGCAUCCGGUUGACACCAUCCGAUUCAAAUAACAAUCAACAGUCCGGAAAGAAGGAUACUUUGAGUAUUGAAGAGCACCAAGAUCAAGAAAUCAAAAAACUUAGGAAGAUCGUCUCAAGCUACCAACACAAAAUCAAAAAGAUGACUGAGAGCCAUAACCAGACAGUGGAACACUACCAAAAAGCUCUGCCUCACAUGCGUCUCCUGAUCAACACUCUCUACUGGAAGACCGCCUGA